AUGAAAAAUAAGCAACCAUUGAUACAGCCAAAAGAAUUAUUGCCUUAUAUCAAUUAUGAGCUUACAAAGGAGAUAAUCUUUAUUAAAAUUUCCAGCAUUGGGAAGCAAAAUCUUUAAAAAAUUAGGAAUUCAAUGCAAUAUGACACGCAAUUUUUAUUAUCACAAGCUUUAACUUGUGCUUAAGCAGGAGCUAGAUUGAUUACCCCAUUUAUUGGUAGAAUUUUAGAUUGCUUCACUAAAAUAAAAGUGGUGAUGAUUAUUCUAAAUAAAAUCUUCCAGGUGUAAAAUUAGUAACUAAUAUAUGGAAUAGUUUUAAAAAAUUCAAAUAUAUUAAUUACUAAUUUAUACGAUUGUUAUCGUAUUAUUCAUUUCUUAUAAUUAUUAUAGGCAGCAUCACUACGUUUGGUAGAUGA